AUGCGACCACCUGAACCAGAACAACCACCGGGGCAAGAUGAAUUAGAACGUCGUCUCCCAGGGUAUAGACGUAUUGUUAUUCCGCGGGAGUUGACGCUUAUAGAGUUGCUUAAACAAAGCAGUGGUGUGACAACUGAUGAAGAAGUUCUUAGAAUUCGUGAAGCCAAACUGCGAGUGGUAGCCGAGCGUGUAGGUUUGCGAAGGUUACACGUUUUAGCUCCAAGAUUGCGUUCGCUAACCAUCGAUGGUAGUGCCAUAUCGUCUUUAAGAGAUCUCGGCAUUGGAUUGGUCCAUUUAAAGUUCUUGAGUGCUAAUCGUUGUGGCCUCACGUCUCUUGACGGGAUAUGGGGUUUGGGAACACUCCGGGAACUACACGCUGCUGGAAACCGCCUUCAUGAUUUGAAUCCUUUAGCUGUGUUGCAAAAGUUACACACAUUAAAUCUUGCACAAAAUCCAAUAGAAGAAUCAAGUCGCCUUUGGACGUUAGGGGUGUGUAGUUCCCUACGUCGAAUCGUCUUGCGAGGAACCCCGCUAUCCGACCUGCAGCAUUACACAUCACUCGUAACAUCAGCUCUGCCAAUGUUGACCCAUUUGGAUGACCGUCCGUUGCAAGACGAUAAUGUCGACGAAAACCUAUCAGUAGAAGCAUCUUCAGACUCCGAAGCUGGUGUGAGUGAUAUUGAAGAAGACCAUGUUGUAACAAAUAAAGAAAUAAAUUUUGAUGAUGCUCAACCUGGACCAUCUCAUCAGGGACAGGUGGAUGCGAAUAUUCAAAUACUUGAAAUAAAACGGGAACGAACGCAGCUUCGUAGACCAGCGACAACUGAAUGCGCGGGAACGCGGCCGCGCGUUCGCUUGCCACAGAGACCAAAAACUGCGGUCGAACGCACCAUAGACAAACCGACCAAAUUACACAUAUUGAAUACUCUUUUGGAUGACGAAUGGCAUUCUAGUGGAAGCAAGUUGACUUCGAAUGCGCCUGUCUGUGGAAAUUUGGCGAGGGCUUUACGAAGAACGAAGAACAGUCGUAACAGUUCAAAUAGUUCCAUAAGAACGGAAGAACCAAUUGAGCAAGCUUAUAGAGCUGUAGCUGCUGAAAUACCUAUGACACUAUCAGCGGAAGUGUGGGAGAAGUUUAAAAAGGAUACUGGUAUUGAAAUUGAUUUAGACUUCAAUGAGAGACCAAAAGGCGAGGAUCCAAACCGAGUUAUUGAGCAAUUAGAACAAAUAGAGAGGGAGACUAUGGAACGCUUGAAUAACGAGAAUCCAGAUUUGAAUUUUACUCGCAACGUUUACAAGUUUUCGACGGAUCCUUCUAGAAUAUUCUCGAGUAACAUAAACGAUGUUGAAUUGUGGCGGGAUAUAGAAGACCUCGCAAUGCCAGAUACGCAAAAUGAUGUGGAUGACUUUUAUAUUGCGACUUCCGAGUAACAAACAUAUUUUUUGGUGGUGAUGAAUAAUAAAUACAUUAAUUUUGUUAUAAGUUGUUUGAAAUUUAAAUGACUGAAUUGAAAUGUCAUAUGGUAAUGGUAUUAUUCACGAAAUGAAAAAUCUAACAUGGUAGUGCGUAUCAAAGAAGGUAUAGCUUAAUAGCUCCCCUCCCACAAAUUUUAUGUAAACCUAAUAUUGGUCUAUCACCAUAUUACAUUUUGUCAAAAUUUGCCCAGUGUUUUUUACAUGAUUGACGCUUCACACAAACGACAAAGGUAUAAACAUUUUACCAACCAUUGUAUAGCAAUUACAAGAAGAAAUGGUCUGGUUCCUGUUUUAUUGUACAUUUUAGUUAAAAUAUAGUUAAGGAGUUUCAAUUUUGUUAUGUUCUUUCUCGACCGUCGCGCCAAAGGAGCGAGGAAUGCGAAUCAUUAUGAACCAAAAUAAAAAUCAUUUAGUCAAUUCUCGUUUUACUGCGUUUUCUCUUGUUAAAUAUAAUGCUUUGUUACAACUAGAGUUUUGUACUCAGAUAACAUUGAGCCUAUGUGUUAAUCCAGACUAUUAUCUAUUUGUGUAUCUCAUGCCAAUUAAAAGGAUUUUGCGUGAAAGGUAAUAAAACGUAAAGUUUGUAAUAUAAUUAGGAUAGUAGAAUCAUCUAUUCCUUCAUCUCCAAAAAAAUUAAUUCCGUAAAAUGAGGCUUAGGAAUUUUAGGUAUAUUAUAUUAUAAUAGCGGUCCUCUCCGGCGUAGUACAUAUAUAGCC